UUCUUGUACCACCAAGAUCGUUUACCGACACCAAAACGCCAAAUUAUUCGAGUGAUAUAUCUUCAAUUCAAAAAUUAAGCACAAUGUUCUCUCGUUUGGCUGCAUCUUUUCGACCUUUGGCCGUCGCUGGUCGUCCUAUGACCAACUUUCGUCCCUUACGGUUUUACAGUGUUGCUCGUCCUGACGCUGAGCAACGAAUUCUAAAGGUGGUUUCUUCUUUUGACAAAAUUCAAGAUCCUAAGAAGGUGACUCCUACUGCUUCUUUUUCCAAUGAUUUGGGAUUGGAUUCUUUGGAUGCUGUUGAAGUUGUAAUGGCAAUUGAAGAGGAAUUCAGCAUCCAAAUUCCAGACAAGAAUGCUGAUGAAAUUACAUCUGUUUCUGAUGCUGUCAACUACAUUGCAAAUGCUGCCGAUGCCAAGUAAACAGAAGAAUCCUCUUCUUCUACGCCUCCUUGUUCCUCUCAACGUGCAUGUUUAGGAGAAGAAAAAAAAUCUAGGAUUCAACUACUGCUUUUGUCUUGGUGAUUUUUUGCCUUGGUUAAGAAACGAUUAUCUUGAAAGUUAAUUUUAUUCAUCUAUUGUAAAGUUGCUCACUUCUUUUCCCUAUGAAGCUUUCUUGUAGCUCUUCUUUUGUCUUGUAGCCACUUCUUCCCAUGAAAAAUUGCGCUUUCCAGUAGAUUUCAUUCACUUCACCUUACAAUAUCAGUAAAAAAGUCGUUAUUCCAAACAAAAUUAAUCACAACUUUCCCUAUUAGGGAGGAAAGGGUUACCUUUUCUUAGUCGUUGGCAUACAAACUUCUACUUACUACUCUCUACAG